AUUAUGCUCCAUAAUCUAUACAUCGUUCGGAAGUCAGCAGAAUAACGUGUUGUGACCUGAUGAAAGCAUGUGACACACAGAGAUGGUUUCAGUUUCAACCAUCGUUUAAGAGAUGUUCUCUCGGCUACAGAAUGUUCUGAAUUGGAGGAUAUGAAGACAAAAAUAGGUCAGCUUUGGGGUUUGGUCUACUGUCUCUUUCUUGCAGGCUUUGAUUACAGAAGCCGCGGGAUUAUAUUUGCUGAAGCGAACACGGAUCACAGCUUCAAACACGGAGAAGAGAGCGGUCCCUCUGGUUCGGACACGCACAGGGACCAUCUUAAAAAGGCAUUGCGAUUUGUGGAAGAGGUACGCCAGGCGAAAAACAAAUCCUGCGCAUCGAAUAAGUCGGUUAUUCUUGACAUUAGAUUCGAGAGCGCUCGCUGGAAAAGCGAGGCAUUGCUCGCGAUCGAAGUUGCAAAUCUGUUGACAUCUUUAUGGCGCGUGAAAACCGCGGAUGGCUUCUCUAUGGUGGAAAAUGACACAUUGCUUUACAACGUAGUGCGAUCGAAUGUUCGAUUUUCGCCGUCCGUUUUUGGUUCAGCGAUUUGUUUUGAAAAGAACCAGUAUCGGAACUACGAGAGAUUUUGUCCAUAUGCAUUCAGAGACAAGGCUUACAAUGGCUCAAUUCAUGUAAAAGAUAUAGCCGUUGGUCAUGAUUAUUUAACAAGUCCAGAGACAAUUUGGUGGUGGGAACCACGCAACAAAAGUUUAAACCGAACGAUAAGCCCAAACGCUGAAGAAAUAUAUUCUAUUCGUCUGAAUCAAUCGAUGGCACCAAAGUCUUACAGGAAAUACGUUCCAGUUGUUCGCUACGAUCUGGAUGGUCACUGGACUCGACCUUACUUUGAUUGCUUUGGGGGUUACAUAUGGAUGAUCACAUUUUUGGCUCCAUUUUUUAACGAAUCAAACAAAUUUCUUGGUGUUGUAAGCAUUGACGUUGAAUUGAGCAGCAUCGACAUAAACCAGUGUGAUCCUCAAGACACUUCGGCUAAAGGAAGCGGAGGGAAGAAUGGAACGAGUGACAAAACCCGAAGUACCGAUUCUGAAAAGCUGCUCGACUUCUUGGGCACACACAAAUGUAAACGGCCUUCCACACGGUGUGUACCGAUCGCUAACCAAGGCUUCAAACGAGGCAGCUAUCGCUGUAUUUGCGAACGAGGCUUUUACUUUCCUGACACCAAUUCCGACACCAAAUCCUUUAACGGCAGCAAAAUUGAGGAGGAGUAUGACAAGAAAGUAAAAAAGCAGAAUAAUUUGUAUGAUAAAGAAUUCGAAUGUGUGCCGUGUAGCGUAGGAUGUGAGGAAUGCACGGAUGGCAGUCCCUGCAUGUACAAAGUGAAUCUGAUCUCACGAGUAGUUCUCAUUAGUAUAAACGCUUUGGCUGUCGUACUGGUCAUAGUCAUUGGACUGGUAGUAUUUAUCUUCAGAGAAAAUGAGGUCUUUGAAGUUUCCAGUCCAAUGUUUUUGCAGAUUCUUCUUCUUGGCGCCAUCUUGAUGUAUUCAUCGUUAGGAGCUUCGUAUGUGGACCCUUCUCCUUUGUCGUGUACCAUAGAAGUGUGGCUUUACCAAUGCGGCUUUUUUCUUGUCUAUGGAAUUCUUACGCUAAAAGUUUGGAGAGUGUCAGCUUCAUUUCGCGCUCGUUCACCCAGGCGAGUUGAUGUAACAGACGGUAUGAUAGCUGGUCGUCUAGCCAUACUCUGCGCCUCCGCUGUAGUUUUUCUCAUCAUGUGGACUUUAUUCAGGCCCCCACAAGUGAAGCACAGCACGGGCGAUCUGAGAUUUAAACAGUGCGCGUACGAUCCAAUGAAUUAUGCCAUCUUGUUUGGUGACCUCAUUUUACUGGUUGGUGCCAUGCUUUUAUGCUUCCGGGUUCGAAAGGCGCCAUCAGCCUACAAUGAAACUAGAUUUACUACUUUGGCUGUUUACAACGCCAUGUUUAUUACAUGCUUUGUUGCCGUGUUGAAAAUUCUCACUGCUAACAACACCAAUCCUGAUAUUCUUUUUGCCACGGAAUUUAUUCUUAUUCAGAUGACAGCUUCUGUUGCAAUACUGUUCCUAUUCAUUCCAAAGCUCCGGUUAUUGCGAAAGACACGGGGAAAAGAGGUUGACCGGCGACUUACAGUUGGCCGUCAGCCUAGUGACUCGCCUCAGACUCCUAACGGUAGUUAUUCGACUGAUGUGGCAACAUUAGAAAGGGAAAACAAAGACCUAAAGGAUGAAGUGAAGAGGCUGGCUUUAAAAGUAGCUUUUAUGCAUUCUCGCCUUAUGAAGGAUAAAAAUAAACAUAUCAAGAGUGGUACAAACACUUUACGUAGAGCGCGCUCCUCUACCAACGACGAUAUUGAGGACGGUACUCUCAAGAAAAUGUCCACAUCAACUGUCACCAGGUUUCUAAAUUCGCGUGUUUGAGAGUGGGAACUGGAUACCAUUAUACCUACGCCUUUGAUGACCGUUGUAUAUCAAAUGGAGCGUAUCCACGUGACGUCAGGUCGGCUAAAUAUGUGUGCCUUGUUAUAAACAUAAACACUUAGAAUAAUUAACGUGUGUUAAAUUAAUGCCAAUUUACCAUACGGUUCAGAAUAAACGGUGCGGAAAAUCAGCAUUAAGAAAAGGAAGUUUUAAACUAAAGGCUAAUCGUGACAAAGGGAGAUCUCAUUUAGCUUUGAAUGCGAAAAUCCGAACGAGACAGAUAUAGUUACUAUCUGCUUGACGAACAGUCCCCGCAGUUUUGUGCCCAACUACACUAGCUUAGGGUAUUUUUCUCGCAUUGUUUGUUCUACCAACUCCAUUUCAAUCCAGAUUAAAUAUCAGGGGUUACAUUAAGAGCAGAUAAGGUCGAAAAAUAUUCCUGAAACUAGACUUGUUCACAAUGCGACGAGGAAGUAUUUUAGGAACUGCGCUCCUAAAGGUGUCAGAAAGAAGGAAACAUAAGCUGUCACACCAAAUUUGCGAAAACAAAAUUUAAAAGUCUAUCGAAAUCUGCAAAAGGAAAUAAAAAUAGGGUAAAGGAAAAAUUAAUAUAGACUUUUCGAACAUAAGCUUAUUUAAUUACAGGUAUCCCGUUGAUUCACAAUUUUGUUGUUAGCUUUAUAACUGAAACGUUAUACGGUUUGAAUAGACGGUGGCUUGCCGGUUUUUGUGGUGGCUUCUAACUGAUUGGCCUUUACAGCCAUAAAGCCACGCCAACUAGCUAGACCUAGCUGUUACAAAAUUGGCACAUGCGCAGACGAUUGACUGUUGUGUUCUAAAGAAGCUGCCUAAUGGUAGAUUGAAUUAUUUUAUACAACACGUAAUUCUGCCUGGAAACUUAAAGAGGCUACGGAGUGAUUGUUUGAUAAGAUAGAAAAAAACACAAACACAACGUAAAAAACAAUGAAUAAAAAAGAAAUAAUAGGGAUGACUAAGGAAUGGGUCGAUUCGAACAGAUCAGAAUGACAAAAUUCAAAAAUCUCGGACGAAUUCUUUGGAUAACGAAGAUGCUUCAUAGAUUGACAACGCAAAAAUUAGAUUACUCAAAAAGAGAAAAAACUUAUGAAGCGCAAAUUUCCUUCUACACUCAAACGUAACUGCAGAUUGGACUACAACUGAUGUGCUGAUUUAGUCCAUUCGUAUCGAAUGCUUGUUUUUUUUUUUGUCGAAAUAAAUACGCUCAAGGUCUUUUGGUUGUAUGCCUUAUCAUGGCCUUCAAGUACUUACAUCCAUUAACGGCUUCUUUCACCGUCAUAAGGGAGUCAUUAGGGACCUUAAGAAACCACGACGACGACGGCAACGAGGACGUGG